UCCUGUCGUCGCCAUAUUUGUCCAACAAAAUGACACCAGAAGAACCAUACCAUUCCCUGUCCCAUCAUUUCGACGAGUAAGGGACCCUCUCUGUCUUGUGAAAGAACCAACCAUAAAUAAACUCAGCUGAAGGUGAUGGAAUAUCGCAAUGUCGUUUACAAUGCCGCACGAGACGGCAAAAUAAACCGUUUAAAAAUCUUUUUGGACCACAAGUCUAAAGACGAAGUCGUCAAACUAGUGCAUGCCAAAACAAAUGGAGCCACCCCUCUUAUCAUGGCGUGUCGUAACGGGCACCUUGAUGUCGUCAAGUAUCUGCUGGACUUGUGUAAAGCCGACCUGGAACAAGUGGGAUGUGUGACCUUUGACGGAGAAACAAUUGAGGGGGCACCACCACUGUGGUGUGCUGCUGCUGCAGGUCACACUCCAAUCGUGAAAUAUCUAGUCGAUAGAGGAUCAGGAGUCAACAAAACAACUUUUACAAAUUCCACACCUCUAAGAGCAGCCUGUUUUGAUGGACAUAUUGAAAUAGUCAAGUUUUUAGUUGAACAUAAAGCAGACAUAGAAAUAGCAAACAGACAUGGUCAUACAUGUUUAAUGAUAUCCUGCUAUAAGGGACAUAAAGAGAUUGCAAAAUAUCUGCUAGAACUUGGUGCUGAUGUUAACAGAAAGAGUGUUAAAGGCAACACAGCCUUGCAUGAUUGUGCUGAAUCAGGAAGUCUGGAUAUAAUGAAAAUGCUGCUCAAAUACAGUGCAGUGAUGGAAAAAGAUGCAUAUGGCAUGACUCCUUUACUUGCAGCCAGUGUAGCAGGUUAUUCAAAAAUAGUUGAAUACCUCAUCACCAGACACGACUGUGAUAGGCAAGAAAAAAUUGAUGCCCUAGAACUUUUAGGAGCAACCUAUGUUGAUAAAAAGAGAGACAUGCUGGGUGCAAUUAGUUUCUGGAGAUCUGCAAUGGAAGAGAGAUUUUCAAUUCCUCAUUCCCCAGUGCCCAAACCUUCAUCUGGUUCUCAAGUUCCUGCAUAUGAAAAUGCUAAAGAAGUGGUGUCAUUAGAGCAACUAGAUGAACUUGCAUCAGAUCCAGAUAACAUGAGAAUGCAAGCAUUACUUGUACGUGAGAGGAUACUUGGCCCAGCCCAUCCAGACACCUCGUACUACAUCAGAUAUCGAGGGGCUCUGUAUGCAGACAUGGGGAAUUUCGAUCGCUGUAUUAUGCUAUGGAUGUAUGCCUUAGACAUGCAGCAAAAUGUGUUGGAGGCUCUCAGCCCAAUGACUCAGAGCAGUUUCUUGUCUUUCGCUGAACUUUUUUCCUUCAUGACGACUGAGUGGAGAAAUCGACCUGCUCAUCCUGUAGCAUUUCGUGAUAUUAUGGAUGUUCUUUUACGGGCUAUCAAGGAAUUAGGACAAGGUCAGGAUCACCUGAUGAAGAUGUCUAUUCCCGAACGGGAUUUAAGUCACUUCAACAAACUCCUUAUCAUAAUAAUGCAUAUUCUGUGUUUAAUGUGUCGUCUUCAGAAGUCUUUGAAACCAGAAGAAGAACAUGAACUGAAACAAGUUGUUUACAAACUAGUUCAGAUGAAUCCGCGAGGCACCAAAGGCUAUACCCCCCUUCAUCUGGCCUGUUCAAAAGAUACCACCAAUGUUGGACGAUAUCCUGUUUGUUCCUUUCCCUCAGCUGAAGUUGCUCAGCUUCUUAUUGAAGUUGGUGCUAAUGUGAAUGCUGUGGACGUUGAUAAAAAUUCUCCUCUGCAUGUGGCUGCAGCUAAUCGACCUUGCCGGUCAGAAGUGAUCCGUACAUUGCUGAAGAAUGGUUGUCAUUUAGACAUGUGCAACGGAGAUAGGAAAACAGCUAUGCAACUGAUUAGAGGAAUGAGUAUAAAUGAUAUUGUAUCUCCACUGAAUUAUUUAUCUUUACAAUGUUUAUCAGCACGUAAGAUUGUUAAAUGUAAUAUCCCAUUUAAAGGUCAUAUUCCUCAAAAACUGGAAUCCUUUAUUCUUAUGCAUUGAUGACAAUGG